CUCUCCUCUCCUCAGUUCCCUUAAUACGAAAGUUUCUUAUCUACAUUUUGUAUAAACUGGCCUAAAACAGUAGCAAUAUGCUUGAGCACAUUCUGGGCAAGCCGUCGGCAAACGUGCGGCGGAUGCAGGUGCUUGCGAUCACGGCGAUGGCCAUGAGCCUGCUCAAGCGCAAGACCACGCCGUGGUGCCUCCGGUGGACCGAGAGAAUCCGGUUUCCGCUGUGGAAGGCCCUUGUAUUAUACUCUGCAGUGCUCUACGCGCUGGACCACAUGGGGGAUAUAUUUGGGCUGAAUGCGCCGGAGCCGCUGCGCGAAUACUACAGCCGCAGCUUCUACCGAACUACAUGGGUGUUCACGGCCCUGGACGCCGGGUUCUGGACAGCAAUGUCCAUCCGACCGAAGCCACUGCGGGACGUUCUGUCGAUGGUUUUUUCGCUGUACUACCUGGUGUUUACCGCACGGGGCGUCGAGAAGGUGCGCAAGGUUCGGGCUUUGGUGACCAUUGAUCAUCUGCGGGUCGCGUGGAACAAGGGCGCCGACAACCCGAUCCUGCGGUUCAUGCGGUACCUGCACUCGAGCAAGCUGACUAUUGACCGCGAAGAGCCGGCCAAGUGCCACAUCUACUAUGCCGGCAAUCCGUCAGAGUACUCGGAGACCCGGUACAUUGUGCUGAACUACCCGGGCGGCGGUGCCACUUCGGACUACCUCAGCAGGUGGGCGGAGCGCACCAAUGCAGUGAUCGUCAGCGUGGACUACGCCAAGGCGCCCGAGUACCCGUACCCAUAUGCCAUCGACCAGUGCUACGAGGUGUACAAGGACAUUGUGGCCUCCAACGGGCGGUGCAUUGGCAUCCACACGCACGAGCCGCUCAAGAUAGUCCUGGCUGGUGACUCGGCCGGCGGCAACAUCACCGCUGGCGUCAUGUUCAAGAUCCUGGAGUCACCCGACCGGCUGCGCAAGCCCGACGGGAUCGUGUUCAUCUACGGGUGCUUUAACGUAGAUAUCCGUGCGUGGAUGACAAAGGACGAGGCGCGCAUUCUGCUGGGCUCGCGUGAGGCGGAUAUUUUGGUGGAGCCGCGCGACCACCUGCACCACGAGUCGCCGCUGGCCACCACCAACAAGGACAACGGGUACCAGCAGAGCCGGUUCCAGAUCCGCAAGCGCAAGCUCAUUGACGAGCGCAUCAAGGUGGUGCGUGCCGACGACAGCGACUCGGGCGAGCCGAUCGGAUACACGCCACUGGCCAUGACCAGCGCGUUCACGUACUUUAACGACCAGGUGCUGACGCCCGAGAUGAUGCGCGCCAUGGUCAUCAUGUACGUCGGCCCUAAUGCCAGGCCGGACUUCCGCACCGACUACUACCUGUCGCCAAUAGUCGCCCCCGACCAUCUGCUGGAGCAGUUCCCGCCCGUGUACUUCAUGUGCGGCGAGAAGGACCCGAUGGUCGACGACACAGUGCUGUUUGCCGAGCGGAUCCGCCGCGCCAAAACCAAGGACACCGGCGCACCCGAAGACAAGGCAGUCCCGGGCGACCACAGCGACCACCACGAGUACCAGGCGUACCGCGGGUCGCGGCUCUACACCCGGCGUCACAGCCAGCCGCGCAUUCUGCAGCCCAACUCCAAGAGCUUCUACAUUGGCAGCACCGACACCAGCGACGACGAAGGGCUGGCACAGGCAAAGUUCCCUGCGUCGCUGCGCAUGUCUGGCAUGCCCGAGAAGCUGUCGGUGGCGCUGGCGAAGAGUAUCAGCGGCAGGAAUGCCACAGAGGGCAAGCAGCCGGUUAUCAAGAUCAAGCUGGUGGCUGGCAUGUCGCAUGGGUUUAUGCAAAUGUACGCGCUGCUGCCAGAAUCCAAGCAGGUGGCCAAUACGCUGGGCGACUGGCUGAUGGAGCUGCUGUACGGAUCGCACCAUAUCUCAAUGUCGUCGCGGUGCACGUCGCAGGUCGAAACGGGGAUAUUUGAAAAGGGCAUCAUCGACAAGCACGGCAUUGAGGUGGUGUCGUCGGCAAACAUGGUCAAGCGCCGCGGUCUGGGACUGGCGGAUCCGCUCAAUUAGAAAAACAUUAGAGGUACAUGGGCAAUAUGAUAUUCAGCUACACUGUACAUGUUACGCAGCAGCCGGGGCGCGCUUCACGCAGAAUUUCAAGCUGGCUGGGUGAUGGGGUGAUGUGCUAUUUUGUUUUUGCUACUAGUUCAGCAGAUUGAUCACGUUCGACCGGCUACCCGAGCCGUGCUUCGCGGCGGGAGAACAUUCCUCCGGCGAUUGUGGCGGUGGCGGCGACUGAUGAUGGUGUGUGGCGGGGGCCGGAGAUUGCGGGGCCUCGG